AUGGAUACGUAUAGCUCACCUUGGGGCGGACAGCCUGUUGGAUCCCAGGCAGGAAACUUUUUUGUUCCUUCAGGUGGUCCCCAAAAUGUUUACUCUCAGCAGUCUUAUGUUCUCGGCAGUUCUGGUGCUGGGAGUUACCAGCCUCAACCUACCACUCAGCUUAAUUCCACCGAGGCACAAUAUUUUGUCGGUCAGUUUCCGCAAAACAUUGCCAUGCAGUACGGCACAGAAGCCAUAGGUCAGGGGAAACAAAUUGUUCAGGAGAAGGUAGAAAAAUACUUACUGAUCUCCAAGUUGAAGCACUAUUUUGCCGUUGAUAAUGGAUAUGUAGCUAAAAAACUUGGACUGCUCUUGUGUCCCUUUUUUCACACUAAAUGGGAUCUGCAAUACGAUUCCUCCGGCGUGGUGCCGCCAAGAGCCGACAUUAACUCACCCGACCUCUACAUACCAUCAAUGGCCUUCAUCACGUACGUGAUCGUGGCGGGCAUCUCUCUCGGUAUUAAUGGUCGUUUUGCGCCAGACCUGCUCGGAAUUCUCUCCACCCAGUCGUUCGGCUGGCUCGUCCUUGAGGUUUGCGUUCUCACCUUUGCCCUGUACCUCCUCAAUAUUCAAUCAAGCCUGAGCUACUUAGACCUCCUUGCAUACGGUGGCUAUAAAUUUGUACACAUGAUUGUCGUGGUGUCGGCGUCGUUGAUUUUUGCCAGUCCUGGCUACUGCUUCGCUCUUGUGUGGACGGGCCUUGCUUUUGCAUUUUUCCAGAUCCGCUCCCUGAAACUCCAAGUUCUACCGCAAGCAGACCGUCAGUCGUCGUUGAACCCUCGUCGCGGUGUCUACCUGCUUGUGUGUACAGCCCUCUUCCAACCGCUCAUCAUCUGGUGGCUGACCAGCUCGGUUGUCGGUUCUGGUGCUGCGCCGCCGAAUUCUGUGCCUGCCCCGUAA